AUGAAGGACGCUGUCAGUAACAUUUUAGAGCAAUUUAGGAAUCGUUUCGGUAAAUACCCGAAAUUCGUCCAGUUUGAUCAAGGCACAGAGUUCUACAACAAAGAUGUAAAAUCAUUGCUCAAUAAACAUAACAUCGAGUUUUUCUCUACUUAUUCAGAUAAGAAGGCCGCAGUUGUGGAAAGGUUUAACAGAACACUGAAAGCACUAAUGUGGAAGUACUUUUACAUUGCUAGUACAUACACAUGGUUGGACGUCCUUCAAUACUUAACUGAUAAUUACAACAGUUCAGUGAACAGAUCAAUUAAAACAACACCGGACAGUGUAAAUGACUCCAAUUGGACUGAAGUAUGGCAGACACUUUUUAGUUACAACCUAGGCGAGCCGUCAGAACCAAAGUUUGCUCUGGGAGAAAGUGUUAGAAUUUCAAAGUACAAAUCAGUGUUCACAAAAUGGUACGAUGCAAACUUCACAGAAGAGUUAUUCACUGUGACGGAAGUGUAUCACGGUCAUCCAAACACAUACACAAUAGACGACAGCGCUGGUGAACCAAUAAUUGGCAGAUUUUAUGAACAAGAACUACAUAGCGCUGAAGGAAGAGAACCUGAUUUCAAAAUAGAGAAAGUACUACGGAGAAGAACUGUGAAAGGUAAAAAGAUGGCUUUCGUUAAGUGGUUAGGUUACGAUGACAAAUUUAACAGACAUUAAGUCUCUAACAUAGGUUACAGUAUUAUGGAAGGUGCAAACGACUAUGACGAAUAUGAGAUGGAGGAGAUGGAAAAACUUAUCCUCAAUAUGACGAUUACAAUUACGAUGAUCUGAAUACAUCCCUUGGUAACCUAGAAAGAAAGGUGAAGGGAGAAGCAAUGUAUGGCGACGAUCCUUUACUAUUAACUGAUCUUAAAAGUGAACUAGAUUAUGUAAGGAAUCUCAUGGAGAAACGUGCAAUAGAAGAAACAACUUUCACCGAAGGAAAUGAUGGUACAGUGAACAUUUCAGGACUAUUAGGAACCGAAAACGUUCCAGGGGUAGAUUUUGUGGAAGACCCAAACAAUUUACUUCCAGAUGUGCUAGAUGCAUUUGAUGAAACAUCUGACAAAACAUUUGAUGAAACAUCUGUGGCACCCUAG